UGUACAUACAUACAUAUGUAUGCUUCCACUGCUCAUGCGCAGUUUCCUUUCCUGUAAUUCCCAGAAUGCUGCGCGCGUUCUCAGCUCACGGCGGAUCAUGGACCAAAGCGAUAAUGAUCUCCAGGGCAGCGAUGGCUCUGGUAGUUUGGGGGGACCUGACGUUCGUAGACGGAUCCCGAUUAAACUCAUUUCGAAACCGCCACUGAGAAGCAAACCUCCCCCCAGAGCUCCGAGGCCUGGAGGACGCGUGUGCAAGAGCGAAACGGGAGAGGACGAAAACUUUGGAUUCAAACCAGAGGAGAGGUUCGACUGUGGGGCAAAAGACGUCUAUGGAAAUCAGAGGCGAUUCCCACAACCGCUGUUUUGGGACUUUAAGUUGAACCUGGUUGGAGAAAAAGACAAGUUGCCAAUCCACUUUUGUGACAAAUGUGGGCUUCCCAUUCAGCUCUAUGGACGAAUGAUCCCUUGUAAGCAUGUUUUCUGCUAUGAGUGUGCCCUCCUCCAUGAGAAGAAAGGAGAUAAGAUGUGCCCAGGCCUGACUAUGUUCAGCUGCUCAGACCCGGUGCAGCGGAUCGAGCAGUGCCAGCGCGGCUCUCUGUGGAUGUGCUCCGUGGUCCCUGGAUGCAAACGUACAUACCUCUCUGAACGUGACCUCCAAGCUCACGUCAACCACCGCCACCUCCGUGCUGCCAAAUCCUCUUCCAACCGUGGCAACCAAGACCCUCUGCACCUGCCUCCACCCACCUCCGACCACACUGACCGAUACCGUGUCCCACCUCCUCAUCUUCAAAAGAAUCACCACAUGCCAAAUCUCCAGCAUGGGCCCCAUGAUCCUUACAGCCAACCUCCACCGACCGCACACGAUCAGCCUCCUCCUAACUCCGGUCUGGGUCCUGAGACGUUUCGAAUUGCAACCGUAACAACCAGGAAGCAUAGCAAUCUGAUCACCGUGCCCAUACAAGAUGAUUCAGGAUCUGGGAGGGAUGGCAUGCCACAGGGCCCCUCCCAACCUCCCCACCACCACCCAGGAGACUACCCCACGCAACCACCCGUUGUGUCCCACCCACAUCACCUAAUGCCCCAGCAACACUUCGGCCCACCUCCACCUCCUCCUCCACCCAUAAAUCACCCAAUGCAGCACCCACAAGGUACAGGCACUCCCCAUAUGGUGUACAACCAAGCACCACCACCUAUGUCUAAUGCUCCCCCGCCUAUCACACCUCCACCUGGGCAUAUCCUGGGUCAGAUGCCCCCCUAUAUGAACCAUCCUCCACCCCAGCAUACUGGACCACCUCCACCCGUAAAUGCACCACCUCCGCACCACUACAACCCAAAUUCAAUGCAGCAGUUUCCAGAGGACCAAGGGACCCUCAGCCCGCCUUUCACCCAGCCAGGAGGCCUCAGUCCUGGGAUGUGGCCAGCUCCCAGAGGCCCCCCUCCACCUCCACGCAUGCAGGGACCACCACCGCCCCAGGGGCAGAUGCCCGGGCCGCACCACCCAGACCAGGGCAGAUACAGACCCUAUUAUCAGUAGAAAGAGUUCAAUGUUGUUCAGUUAUAACAAGCAGGAGCAGAGUACAUUUUGGUAAGGCAUUUACAGUUGUUAAAAUACUCUUAAUUUGUAUUUUUAUUUUGGUGAAAUGUUGUGAUUCAGAAAUUAUUAGCUUAAAUUACUGCAUCAGAUUAUUACUGUCUGAGAAACAGAACAAGUUCAUUGUAAACAGUUUGCAAAUUAUUCUUCACUGAACUU